AUGGCUGGUUCACUCCCUACGAAUACUCAGCCAAAAAAUGUUCCGGCCACUCAACAAGAGCAAAAUGGCCCCGGCCGAAACACGGCCGUCGGCCACGAUCAAGUGGUAGUCGAAGACAUUACGGAAGUAGCCGGGGGACCAGUAUUGAGGCCGAAUCCGGCCACUUCAUUGGAACUCCAACAACUCAUGCAUGUCGUGGAGACGAUGGCCCAAACGAUGGCCACUCAAAAUGCUCAGAUCAACGAGAGAUUUGAUCGAUGGUUAGGCCAACAAAAUGGCCAAAAUGGAAACCAAGGGGCGCCAAUUGGAGCACCAGCGGUUGGGCCACAAGUGGAGGCCCAACCAAAUGGUUUUGGAGUAAAUCCGCCCCAACUUAAUCCACCAGUAGAGGGCAACCAAGCCCCAGUGGUUAAUAUUCCGCCGAUGGGCAACAACCCAUAUGCGGCGGUCAACCAAUUUCAAGUGUUCCCGCCAUAUAAUCAAUUCCGCCCACAAGCUCACCAAGGGGUUGGGGCCAAUUUCACUGGGCCUCAUAUCAACCAAUUCAAAGUUGGUGGUUGGAAUAACCCCGGUGGGAAUGCUAACAACCCAUUGCUAGGGAAUUAA